AUGAACAAGAAGAAGAAGGUGUUCUUAUUUAAUGUGGACUCCACAUUUAUUGAUGUUAUAUUAUUUUCUUCUCUCGCAGCACCUUCAGCCCGUGACACUCCGAGCCCCAUUGACCCAGAAUCAAUUCAGGUCCCUGUGACCUACGAUCCCGACCCAGCGGACCUGGCUCUGUCCAGUGUGCCCGGCCAGGAAAUGUUUGACCCCAGAAAACGCAAGUUCUCAGCCGAGGAACUGAAGCCACAGCCCAUGAUCAAAAAAGCCCGCAAGGUCUUCAUCCCCGAUGACCUAAAGGAUGACAAGUACUGGGCCCGGCGCAGAAAGAACAACGUCGCAGCCAAACGCUCACGGGACGCCCGGCGGCUGAAGGAGAACCAGAUCGCCAUCCGUGCCGGCUUCCUGGAGAAGGAGAACGCUGCCCUCCGUAUGGAAGUGGCGGACUUGAGGAAAGAGCUCGGCCGCUGCAAGAACAUUCUGGCCAAAUACGAGGCCCGACACGGACCCCUGUGAGCCCGGUCCACACCCGCCGCACGCUCCCUGCCCA